AUGCAGCAGCAGCAGCAGCAGGUAUGUAACACCGAGCAGAAGCAGCAGCAGCAAGACUCGCUUGAAGCAGCAGCAGCAGCCCCAGAGGCGGCCGCAGAGAUCGCAGCAGCCCUCGCAGUAGCAACCCCAGCAGCAGCAGCAGCAGCAGGACCCUCAGCAGCAGCAGCAGCAUCCCCAACAGCAGCAUCAGCAUCCCCAGCAGCAGCAGCAUCCACAGCAGCAACAGCAGCAUCCACAGCAGCACCCCCCGCAUCCCCCGCAGCAGCAGCAGCAUCCGCAGCAGCAUACCCAGCAGCAGCAGCAGCAUUCCCCGCAUCCCCAGCAGCAGCAGCAUCCCCCGCAUCCCCAGCAGCAGCAGCAUCCCACGCAUCCCCAGCAGCAGCAGCAGCAGCAGCAGCAGCUUACGCUGAGUUGGAAGUGCAGCACGAGGUUUCCUGCUGCAGUCUGCUGCUGCAGCCGGGGGGGCCCCCUGCCCUUGAGGACUUUGAGGGCCCCCGGGGGUGUCUGCGGAGACACCUGAAGAGUGAGGGGCCCCUCGAGUGUGGGGACGGCGACGCGGCCGCCGAGGAGGCACUAAAAAGGCGAAAAAAAAGCGAAAAAGAAGCGAAAAGGAGAUUUUGA